UCAUUUACCAACAUGCCAGCCAUAACUGGAGUAGUUCUCUUCCCAGUUCCCACGCUCGCAUAGGCAGCCAGACGGUUGCAACGCGCCUCGCGCACGCAGAAGCCGGGGCAUGGACACGGCGCGCGCGAGUAGGCGCCUGGCCGCCGGCGAAGGGCCGCGGGCCACGCCGGCUGUCGGCCCUCCGUCCGGACGGACGCCGUUCAACCUCUCGUCUGGCGCGGCCACCGCCGUGGUCUUCGUCUCCAUCAUGCUCUGCUUCAUCCUGCUCUGCACCUACUGCCGCUGCGCCCGGCAGCGCGCCAUCGCGGGCGCGCGCCGCCGCGUCAUGCGCGAGCUCGUCCCGGGCGCCGCCCUCUUCCUGCGGCCCUCCGGCGCCGCGCUGCCGCCCGUGGUUCCCUACGGGAGCGCUAGCGCCAGCGCCGCCAAGAAGGGGCUGCCAGAGGACUGCCCCAUCUGCCUCGAGCCCUUCGGCGACGACGACGGCGUCAGGGUCGUCCCCGCGUGCGGCCACCUCUUCCACGCGCCCUGCAUCGACCGGUGGCUCGACGAGCGCAACUCCUGCCCCGUGUGUCGGUGCGCCGUUGUUUGCUACUGCGCCAACGACCGCGCGAGGGACGCGGCUGUGGCCGUUGGCGGCGACGGUGUCGCCGACGGCCAGGAGGCCGUCCUGGAGCGCGUGGUCGCCAUGAUCGAAGCGAUAAGAGAUGAACAGAGAGAAGAGGCGGCGGCGCGGCGCUCACCAGCGAGUGCCGGCGGAGACCGAGGGUGAUGACGUCGUUAUGAUGCAUACAUGCGUGGAGCUUGCGGUGCAGGUUUUUAGACGAAGUGUAGGCGUGCAGCUAACUUAACCCGGUAAAUUUGUUUGUAGUUUUGGUGUGACAAUUGAGGGCUAGAUGAUGUGAUUAUUUACCACUUUCUGACAGCAAAUUUGUCUUCAAUUGUGUAUGAAUUAGAGUCAAAAUUCCGGAAUGGGGUUUUCUUUGGUUUCAAGAAAUGAUUAACAUUUAUCCCUUUGGUAUCCUUAUUCUUUAAAAUCAUCAAAAAUAUGUCUUGCUACAUACUUACUUUUGUAGUUCAUGUCACCAUGGUAGAUUCAGAAGAUGCAAAAUUGGAUGCAAAUAAUUUAGUAUUUGCUAAUUGUGCAGUAGUUGAUCAUAUUGGGGAAUAACCAACAACCACCUUAGUUGGAGAAAUCAUAAGUCCAGCUAAGCUUUAUUCCCAAUUGUACCAAAUCAUACAAAUUUCUCUAUAUAAUCACAAUAUUCUGCAGUUAAGACAGCAGGCCAGAAAUUGAGAAAGAAGUCUCCUCCCUGGUGGCAAAAGAGAGCUGGAGAAUCAUUGCCGCCUCCUCACCUGCCCCUCCAGAUUAGAAUAAAAAAAAAAAGCGUCGGGGGAGGCCAAUGAGGCGACGUCCCGUACCAAGAUUGUUAAUGCAGGGGAUUAGGUGGUUGCUUUGAUUACAUUUUCCAUUUGACAAAAAAGCCAGUUAUAGGAUGUGCCAAUUUGUCGCUUUCAACUUUCAAGGAUGCAAGCUGAUAGACACUGAUAGGUGUAAUAGAGUAUCUUAUUUGCAUUUUCAAGUCUUGUAGACAAGCACCUAAAGUUCAGUUUUCUGACAUUCCUGUGCCUAUCAAACAAGAGCUCAGAUCAUGCUGUUUAAAGCCACCUCAUGAAGUUA